GCAAUGAAUCGAGGCGUUAAUUAUCGAUGGAUAGAGGCUGAGUUUGAUGACAGGUGAUGGGUGCUGGCCGCGGCCACUCGGUCCUCCGUCGACUAUUGAAGACAUUCGUGGUCUUCUUGACCGCAUCUCCAAUGGCCGGGCUGAGCGGGAGAUAAUAGUGGAUUCGGGAUGGCUGGCCCACAAACAGCUGUUCAAAAGGCUAGUGGAACUCAUCCAAGCCCAGCACUGCACUCCAAGGCGGCUGACGGUGGCUGAUGCAGCAUUUGCAGUGGCUCAGCUGCCGGUGCUUUGUGCGGCAUCUCCGCUGCCGGAGGCCCUCGUGCUCAAGAGCAUCGGGAAUCUGUCCACCAACAAGAAACUGCAGGGUGAGAUGCAAGAUCACCGACACGUUGAAAUAGGGACAAUUCUGUGUGUUGCAGAACAACUCCUGUCGACGUUCCAGGGCCUCUCUCUGACGGAGCUGGGUAAGUACGCCUGUACGAGUGGGAUGACCGUGCCAAUCCCCUCUGUUGAUGGCCGUGCCCAUUCCCUCUGUUGGUAAUGUGUGCAGGCCUUGUGGACUGUGGUGUGGACGAUGAGUGCUUGAAGACACUAGCGGGGCCCCUGGCCGCAAUGCCCUCCCUCAAUCGCCUCAAUGUCAAGGUGAUUGAGGGAGAAGCACUGCAAAACACCCCCAGCAUUGGGCCAAAAACAGUACCACACAUGGAUGGAUUGAUGACGUUCAUGUUCUCUGUUCUCUGUACACCAGGGCAACUCCCUGACGUCUGAGGGUGGUGCGAAGGCUCUCUACGAGCUGGUCUCUGCCCGCCGCUCUUCUUCGGCUUUCACCCAUCUGGCGCUGGGGCGAAAUCGCUGGACACUGGAGAGCCUCAGACGCACCCUGACGCACUGCAGGAACACACUGGGUGAGAGCCCCCUACGGGGCACCCUCCCCCUGAUAUUCUUUGUUGUCGUGACUGUGUUUCAGUGGCAUUGGACAUCAGUGAGCUGUACGUAGGUCCCCGGGACUCCUCUAUCGUAGCACAGGUGCGCACGGCAUCCACCACACAAUGAUGAUGAUUUGGUGAGGGAUCGCCUUUUUUCCUGUUUUUGUCAGCUGUGUCGGCUUCAGCAGCUCCGUGUGUGCAAGUGCGGCAUCACCAGCGCACGGGACAUGCAGAAGCUGCUCUCGCCUAUCGCACCCACGCUCACACACCUCGGUACACACCAACAAUCGCGCAGGGAACACACACACGCACUGCACUGCUCCAUUGCUUGGCAUUUGUGUGUUGCAGACGUUUCUGAGAAUGCGAUAGGUGACAGUGGUGUUGAGCACAUCGCACACUCCUUCGGCAAGGCAGCAAGGUCAGAGUUGCUGCACUCCCCGGAGUGCACGAGCGGAGGUCACAUCGCAUCAAUCUUGCGCCUCUGCCCGCCUGCAGUGACGGCAUGUGUGUUCUGCAAUACAUCGACAUCUCUAGAGUGGACCUGUCGGCACACGGUCAGCAGAAACACGACAGCAAGGAGAAGUGUUCACACGGGAGUGUGUGUUGAAUGUUGUGUCUUCAGGCGCUCGCGUGGUGUGUCAUCUGAUUGAGACCGCCCCGCUGCUGGAGAGCAUCCACAUGGACGGCAUCAUUUCAUCUCAGACGCACACGACACUGGGUGGGGGAAAACGGGAAGCAAGCGUAAAGGUUUCUUCACUGACUGGUCACACCCUGUCCAUGUUGACACAGGCCAUGCUGCCAUGUCUCGGGCGGAGGAGCACAACCUAGCGAAGGAGCUGGUCGGCGCCCUCGAGCAGCCCAGCUGUCGCAUCACCGACCUGACGGGUGUCAACCUCUCUCUCGGCAUGCCAGAGGGUGAGAAACAAAGGAGAGAGAGGACAUGAAGACUGUGACGAAUGGGCCUUAUUCGCUGAAUGGACCUUGUGUGCUCCGUCAGGGACGGUCGAAGCCUCUGCUGGCAACAACGCUGCAGUCAUCCAAGUGCUGAGAGGAGGCGUCGAUGCACCCAUGGACGACGCUGCUGCCGCUGCCGCGGCUCCACCGCCGCCCCUCUGCGUUUUCCAGUUCCCCCAGGACGCCAUGAUGAUGGAGGACGAGCCAGCACCCCCACCGGCACCUGCAUUCCGCGAACCCGUCUUCGCCCGGAAGGAGCAGAGAGGGACGGGGGCGAGUGGGGCGGCGGGGGACGUGUCUCUGCUGCGGUGUUUGUUCGACAGCCCGCGGUUGACGGGCACGUCAGGGCUGAUUCGUCUGCUGCAGGGGCCAGUCGAGCACCAACUCUUGGCAUUCAAGGUGAUUGAUUGAUGAGACAGGGAUACAGGGAAAUAUACACAAUUUACACAACUGGCCUGGUGCAUGACUAUGUCCCUCUCCUUGUGCAGCUCAUCCUCCAGCAUGCGUGUCCGGUGACCCACAACGAUAUCGAGAUGCUGAUGCAACUGCAGGCCAACCACAACCUCUCCCAAGACUUUAGAUACCUCCUCGGUCCCACCAGACUUUAGAUAUAUCCUCUCCCACAGCCUUACAUGCAGUGCUGGUGGGACUUGUUCUUUGUUUCCGCUUUGUGGCUCAGACACAGUCAUGGAGGAGCUGCCGCUGCGCAACCACACACUCAAAUACAUGGCAAGUGACACUCAGCCAGAUGAAUGGACAGCCAAAUGUGCGUGGUACGGCUGAGAUCGUGUGUAUGCAUGCUGUGUCGACUCUCAGAGGAACAACUCGCUCGACUUUGAUGAUUCCAUUACCGAUGGCCAGCCAUUCUAUGACGCAGGACCGAAUGCAAAGGUAAACGUGGCCUGCGACGUUUACCUGCCUACCCAUUGCCUACCAAUCCUCUGAUCUCUCUGGUUGGUGAUGCAUGCAGGGGUUGAGCGCUCUCGACUACCGCCUCGAGUGGCUGAGGCGCCAUGGCCGUCUGCCCCACAACCCCCCGCCACAGCCGGCUCGCCAACCCAGCACACCCGAGAGGCGCCCUCGAGCUCCUCCACCGGCCCUCCAGGAGUCGCCUUUCCGUGCGAUGGCGAUCAAGUACCCCCUUCACUUCGAAGAUGGACCGCAGCGGGUAGAGGGGGCGGAUUGUGACGACGGCGCAGACGACCUGAUGGGAGUGGACAUCUGCAGGUGCGUGGCGGCAGGAGAGUGGGAGCCUGGGCAGGUGUGUCAGUGCCGUGAGACUGUCAUCGUCGACCCCCAGACAGAUGAGGGCCUGCGACAGUGCAUCUCACACGUCACCCAGCAGCGGGAGGAGGCCAACGGGCUGACAGACGAGGAGUUCGUUUCAGAGCUGCAGGACUACGUCCAGUCCACCAUCAUGUGGGACACAGGCCAAGGCGGCGGUGGCAGGGGCGGCCGGCGGGGAUCUGCACGCUACACACUAUCAGCUGCGGAGUUGGCCGCGGACAGGAAUGGGCUGGUCAAGAUAGGCGACAUCAACAGGGGACGAUCGCGGCACCGAGCCCUCCUCUUCAAGGUCUGUCAGUUGGGGGGAAAGAGGCUCACCUGCAGCGACCGAUGUGCGUCCUGGAGCGACCGAAGUGCGUCCCUCUCUCUCUUUGUCUCUCCAGGCUCUGUGUGACGCGUGUUCCAUCCCCUGUCGGCUUGUGCGUCCCCUUUCGCAGUCAUCCUCGUCUGCAGGGCCCUCCCGGCCGUCCCAGGACAACGAGCCCACCAGUGACGAGGACGAAAUGGUGUAUAACGUCGUCAUGUGAGAACAAGACUCCUGCAUUUCUGCAAGUGCCUGGCUGCACUUCCAAUACAUUGAUUGUGUCAGGUUUGGUGUGGACUAUGGCCACGCUGGAGACUCCAGAGACGGUCACGUGGAACGCAUGAUGUAUGCAUGAAUGCUACACGCCUCGCUCUCACGCAUGAGAUUGGUGCUGCCUUCCUUCCUUCCUCAGGCCUGUAUUCUGGGCGCCCCCUGGUCCGGCAGAGUCGGCCUCAUACGCCGCCCCGGCCGCCCCAGCCCGCGCCGCCCGCCGGCGGAGUCAGAUGGAGAUGGUGUCCAACACGUGUGCCAUGUCGCUGCCCCGCAACCUGAGGCAGACGCUUGAGGCCUUCUACUUCUCGCUCAACCGUCGCUCGCCCGACCAUCGCGAGGUUGUCGACUUGGAUGACUACUUCGCCUUCGUCGAGCAACUCGGCAAGGUCAUUCAUAGGCAGCCACGCAGCGAGGCAACCAACAAAUCCGUUUCUUCUCGUCUUGACUUGCCGUCGAUCAGGGUAUGUUUGGGGAGGUGUGGCGUGUGCGGCUGCGGCGAGAGGGCGAUGACACACUUGAGGGCGGGGGACCGAGGGCCAGGAAGGGGCGGGGUGGCAAGAGGGACGGCGGUUUGGAGCUGGCACUCAAACUCAUAGAGAUGAGGAGCGACAAUGUGCCAGAGGCCGAGAUCAUGAGGUUAACGUCGUACCACCAGCAGCAGCACUGCCCGGGAACAUCAGGCGUCAUCCCUUCCGUGUGUGGGUGCGGGUGUGUUCUGUCUGCAGGGCCUACAACCAUCCUCGCAUCGUGCGUCUGUUAGCUGUAUUCGUCGGGCGACAGGUGAGGAAGCUCGCUGAGUGGCAAGCACGCUGUCUCUCAAGCAGCCCUGAUGUGAUGUCUACAGAGCCUCGAGGGCCGCAACCGUGUGCAGACCCAUGUGCAGUCACUGUGUCUGCUGAUGGAGCUGUGUGACGGGUCGCUCGAAGGCCUGAUCGAGCCGCCCAGAGAGAGAGACAGAGACCAGGCGGCCCUCAUGGACCUCGACACAAUCAGGAAGGUGCUCCUCGACACCGCCAGGUAUGACGCCUGUACAUGAUGCCAUAUAUUGGCCAUUUCACCCCUGGGUGUCCUGUUUGUUAUCCAUGCUUGUGAUGUGCAGGGCCAUGGCCUAUCUGCACCAUCCCUCGUCGUCCAAGCCGCACCUGCUGCAUCGAGACAUCAAGCCGGCCAACAUCCUCCUCAAGGACGGCCGGGCACUGCUGUCGGACUUUGGGUACACACAUCCAAACAGGAAAUCGGACAACUGCCGGUCUUUCCUGGCAUGACUCUCUGUGAGUGUGUGUGUGUGUGUGUGUGUCUCAGCAUUGCUCGGGCGGCGGUCAAUCUGCACCUCGACGCCAACAUGACGAGAAGUGGGACAAACGGAUGAAUGGAUGACAUACUCGACGAUGGAUGGAUGGAUGGAUGUGUGUUCCUUUGGAUGGUGUGCCAGGUCCAGGCACCGAGGGAUACAUUGCGCCCGUGAGGACCGAUAGACAUUAUGCAAGAAGAAGCUUAGCUUCGUCCUGUGCUCGUGUCGUAUCUUUAGGAGCAGAGGGGCAGAACGUAUGAGCGCCCAAUCGACGUGUGGGCGUUCGGCGUCACCAUCGGUGCGCACCUGCAUAUAGCCAUGUCUCCCGCCCGAUCGAUCAAUGGCUGCAAGGGAUGUCUCUGUCUGUCUGUGUGCGUGUGGCAGCUCGAAUGUUGGGCGUGCAGAGCUGGAAAGGGUUCGCUGAGCGUCUGCCCGCAGCAGAAGAGUUCCAGACCACGGUAUCAUGAAUCUGCCGGUGUCUUGUCAGAUGGUAUUUGUCUAUCUGUUCCUUCUGCUGUUCUUGGUCUGUGGAAAUCAGGAUCCGUUUCUGAAGAGUUUGGCCAUCAAUUGUCUCGAGAAGGAGCCACUGCUGCGCCCCACAUUCACAGACAUCGUCAGGUGACUCCGUGACUGACGCAACAGACGAACACAUGUGUCAGGGUGCGCCUGCAUGCGAUGAAUGGUCUUGUGCCAUGUGCAGGGACCUGCUGGAUGAAAUAUUCCGCGUGUCGCUCGAGAGACUGGGUGCUGCCCUGCCGCCCGAUGCCCCUCUCGCCGUUUGUGACGGCGACGUCCAUGAUCUGCGCAGAAAGAGGAAGCGGAACACUCCAUGACGGAUGGCCGAUGAGCACAUCAUGCAUACAUGUGUGGGGGUGGGCUGGGGCCAUGAUGCGGCCUAUUUGUUGACAAGAUUGCUUCGGGACAAAUGCGAUUCGCGCUCAAUGACGCCCCCUGGGUACGUACCAGCAGAUGCGCCUCGGGACAGAGAGGAAAUGCAUGAAUGGAUGGAUGUUUCCGCAAGAAUAACACAGAUGAUGGAGAUCUCAUAGCCAACGAGAUGAUUUAUGGACUCAGA